AUGUUAGCCACACACCAGCAAUCCACGGGUGUUAGCUAUGUCCAGCUGUUGCAGUCCGUGGACGAGGACAUCAGCAUAAGCGGCGAGCACAAGACACCGUCGCGUCAGGUGUCCCCCAACCCGGUGCCCGUGUCGGCCUCGCCCCUCACCAGGGCCUCGUUCGCCUCUCGCACCUCUCCCGAGCCCCGCAACGGUGACGUGUUCGCGAGGCAAGACGAGCAGGAGAAGCUGCUCAAG